UUGUCUAGACCGGGCGGGCGCGGCCACACACCCCCGAGGCCCUUCCGCACUACACUCUCGCCGAGACUCUCGCCGAGACUCUCGCUCCCCGCGCGCACCAUGACGGCCUCCGCCGCCCCCGCUCUGGCGGCCACCGCCCUGGCGGCCAUGCUGGCCGUCGGCCUGCUCGCCCCCGCCCUGGCCAUUGUCGCCGAGUUUCCCUCCGUGACCACCAACAACGGCUCCUUCAUCCUCGGGCAGAGGUUGAAGAGUGCCGGCCUGCGCGGCGGCACCGCGCCGAGGGACUACGCCGCCUUCUGGGGGGUGCCCUACGCCAAGCCGCCCGUCGGGGAGAGGAGGUUCAAGGCCCCCGAGCCCUCACCCCUUCCCACGGUGGUGGACGCCAAACUGCCCGCUCCAGCUUGCCUGCAACUAGACCGUCAACCCUCUGCUAUAAUAGGGAGCGAGGACUGCCUCACUCUGCAGAUCUUCACGCCAAACUAUGAUCCAGCCGCUGCGCUUGACGUCAUAGUGCUGAUCCACGGCGGAGGCUUCAUGUUUGGCAGAGGGCCUCGAACGGGGCUGCAGUACAUCAUGGACUACGACGUUGUGGUCGUGAACGUGGACUAUCGUCUCGGUGUACUGGGAUACCUGAGCUUUGAGGACGCCGAGCUACCCGGCAACGCGGGUAUGCUGGACCAGGUCGAGGCCCUCCGAUGGGUGCAGGAGAACAUCGUCUACUUCGGUGGCAACAACAAGAGCGUCACCCUCGCCGGCUUCUCGGCCGGGUCCGCCAGCGCCCUCAUGCACACCCUGUCCCCGCUGUCCAAGGGCCUGUUCCACAGGGUGCUGGCGCUGAGCGGCUCGCCGCUGAACCCCUGGGCGCAGCAGCCCUCGGCGCUGGCCAACGCCAAGCGCUUCGCCGAGCUGGCCAACUGCACCGGAGCCAACACGGCCGCGAUCGUGAGCUGCCUCCAGGCGAAGAACGCCACGGAGCUGGUGGCCCUAGAGACUCACUUCCAGGGUUGGCAGCAAAACCCGUUCUCCCCGUUUGCCCCCGUGGUCGACAGCAAGUCUAAGAGGCCGUUCAUGCCCGACCAACCCGCGCGCUUGCUGGAGAACAAGAGGGGCCCGACGGACGUACCUCUGCUGUUCAGUGUGACGAGCGAGGAGGGCCUCUUCCCCGCUGCCGAGUUCAUCUUGAACGACACCCUGGUCCAGGAGCUGGACGAGAAUUGGGCCGACGUGGCCCCCAAACUACUGCACCUCCACGACAACCGCACGGGCGAGACCCCCUCACUCAUGCACCAGAUUAGGGAGCACUACUUCCAGAAUGCGUCACUGGGGCACAGCCACAAGCAGCUCGUGCAGCUCAUCUCAGACAGGGACUUUUUCGCGGGCGUGAACGACUACGUGCUGACAGCGGCGGCCACUCAGUCCUCGCCGGUCUACAUGUACAGCUUCGAGUACCGCGGCGAGUUCAGCCUGACGCACUUCCUCACCGGGGGGAACACGAGUAAUCUCGGGGUGGCACACGCAGACGACUUUCAGUACUUUAUCGAGUUCCCCUGGAGUGGGGUGAUGCGAAUGCCCACGGACCUCGAUAUGCGGAGUCAGCUCCUGGAACUUUGGGUCUCGUUCGCCAAAUCAUCGAUUCCUGUUUUGAGAGGUGCGAACUGGACACCCCAGCCCAAGACAAAGAGCGAUGUUCUGCACUUCCUAAAGAUUUCUGGCCCAGGAAACGUGACUAUGGUGCAAGCCAAGGACUUUGGCCAGAGCGCAUUCUGGAAGUCCCUACAAAUCAAGGAGAAUGGGAAUAAUUCCGGUCGGGCGUCAGCCUCCUUGUCAUUGUCCCUCGUCUCCUUGGCCAUCCUGGUCUUCUGCAAGUUAAGUUAGAAGAAGCGGACGCAUCGCACGAAGAGACAGUAUAUAAAACAGAACGCCGAAAAACGUAUUCCUGUAAACUAGUCAAGAUAAUUCGCACCUAGUAUUUUUAAGUACAACGUUCAGGAGUAUUAUCAUUAACUAUAAACUAGUCGUAGGUAAUGGUCUGGUGCUUUAAGUUUAAUUGUUGUAAUAGGAAUGUAAACGUCGAAAGAAAAUAACAUAGAAAAACCAAUAACUCGAAAA